AUGUCCGCCGCUCUGUCGCUGAACCUGCAGGACGCCAGCUGCAUCAAGGCCAACGUCGAGGGCGUGCAGCGCAAGACCAAGAUCUUCUGCACGCUGGGCCCCGCUUGCUGGUCCGAGGAGGGUCUGCUGAGCCUCAUCGACGCGGGCAUGAACGUGGCCCGCUUCAACUUCUCGCACGGUGACCACGCCAGCCACGCGGCCUGCCUUGCCCGUCUCCGUGCCGCGGUGGCCAAGCGCCCCAACAAGAACGUGGCCAUCAUGCUGGACACCAAGGGCCCCGAGAUCCGUACGGGUUUCCUUGCCAACAAAGACAAGGUGACGAUCCAGAAGGACUCGCUCAUUGAGCUGACCACGGACUACGAGUUCCUCGGCGACGAGACCAAGAUCGCGUGCUCGUACCCGCAGCUGCCUCAGUCCGUGAAGGUCGGCGGCUCGGUGCUGGUGGCCGACGGCUCGCUGGUGCUCACGGUCGAGGAGAUCAAGGAGGAUGGCAUCAUUGCUCGCGCGAAGAACACUGCCACCCUGGGCGAGCGUAAGAACAUGAACCUGCCCGGCUGCAAGGUGCUUCUGCCCACCCUGACGGAGAAGGACGAGGACGACCUGGUGAACUUCGGCCUGGUGCACGGCAUUGACUACGUCGCCGCUUCGUUCGUGCGCACGGGCCAGGACGUUGACAACAUCCGCAAGGUGCUUGGCCCCCGCGGCCGCGGCAUCAAGAUCAUUUCCAAGAUCGAGUCGCACGAGGGCAUGGAGAACUUCGACGAGAUCCUGGCCAAGACGGACGGCAUCAUGGUUGCCCGUGGCGACCUGGGCAUGGAGAUCCCGCCAGAGACGGUGUUCCUGGCCCAGAAAAUGAUGAUCCGCAAGGCGAACCUGGCCGGCAAGCCGGUUGUGACGGCCACGCAGAUGCUGGAGUCGAUGAUCAAGGCUCCUCGCCCGACCCGUGCCGAGUGCACGGAUGUGGCCAACGCCGUGCUUGACGGCACGGACGCUGUGAUGCUCUCGGGCGAGAGCGCCAACGGCGACUACCCGACGCAGGCUGUGGAGGUGAUGGCCGCGACGUGCCUGCAGGCCGAGACCGCCAUCCACUACAACGACGUGUACCAGUCGCUGCGCAACGCCGUGCUGGAGGUGAACGGCCCGAUGCAGACGGCGGAGGCCGUGGCGUCGUCGGCCGUGAAGACGGCCAUCGACAUCAACGCGAAGAUGCUGGUGGUGCUGACGGAGACGGGCAACACGGCCCGCCUUGUUGCUAAGUACCGCCCGCAGAUGCCGGUGCUGGUGCUGACGGCUCUGGAGCAGACGGCUCGCCAAACCGAGGGCUUCGUCAAGGGCAUUGUGUCCCGCUGCGUGGGCUCGAUGAUCGGCACGGACUCGAUCCUGUACCGCGCCACGGAGACGGGCAAGGAGCUCGGCUGGCUGAAGAAGGGCGACGCCGUCGUCGCGGUGCACGGUAUCCAGGAGGCCAAGUCUGGCUCGACGAACCUGCUGAAGGUGCUGUACGUCGAGUGAAUUUAGUGGCUGUGUAUUACCGUUACGGUGCAUGAAUAAAGAGAACAUCGUUAACCUAUU